AGAGAGCGGUUCAUUAUAAGGUGAAGUCGCCAUUUUGUGGAAGUGGUAGAACGUGUGAGUGGUUUUAGAAGCAGUAGCUGGAUCAGCGUAUGCUCGUAUACCGUAAUUCCGCUAGUCAUUUACACACAACAUUUGAUUUGCCUCGUCUAGUAGGGGCAGUCUGGUUAUUUGACCGCAAAAACAGUUUGCAGAAAUGGAGAUGGAAUACAUAAGAGUGGCAGAGGAUGAGAAUGAAGAGCCAAUGGAGAUACCAUCUGAAGAUGAUGGGACAGUACUGUUGUCUACAGUUACUGCCCAGUUUCCUGGUGCAUGUGGUCUGAGAUACAGAAACCCAGUGAAUCAGUGUAUGCGUGGUGUUCGAUUGGUUGAAGGGAUUCUCCAUGCUCCUGAAAAUGGCUGGGGAAACCUUGUUUAUGUAGUCAAUUAUCCAAAAGAUAACAAAAGGAAGAUGGAUGAAACUGAUGCUUCUUCUGCAGUCAAAAUAAAACGUGCAGUGACAAAAACAUCAGAUCUAAUUGUGUUAGGUCUUCCGUGGAAAACCACAGAACAAGAUUUGAAAGACUAUUUCAGCACAUUUGGUGAAGUGAUUAUGGUGCAGGUAAAGAAAGAUGCUAAGACAGGUCAUUCUAAAGGAUUUGGAUUUGUUAGAUUUGCAGACUAUGAGACACAAGUAAAAGUGAUGUCUCAGCGUCAUAUGAUUGAUGGCCGUUGGUGUGACUGUAAGCUACCAAAUUCUAAGAGUCCAGAUGAACCUAUGCGCAGCAGGAAGGUCUUUGUUGGGCGUUGCACAGAAGAUAUGAGUGCUGAGGAGCUUCGCCAGUUCUUCAGCCAGUAUGGAGAAGUUGUGGAUGUCUUUAUUCCAAAGCCUUUCAGAGCAUUUGCAUUUGUUACAUUUGCUGAUGACCAGGUUGCACAAUCUCUCUGUGGUGAAGACCUGAUCAUUAAAGGAGUCAGCGUUCAUGUUUCUACUGCAGAGCCCAAGCACAAUAACAAUAGGCAAUUAGAGAGAGGUGGCAGAUUUCCUGGCCCAAGUUUUGGGAACCAGGGUUACCCCAACAGCCGGCCAAGUAGUGGUGCACUUGGCAACAACCAGGGUGGUAAUAUGGGUGGUGGUGGAGGGAUGAAUUUUGGGGCCUUUAGCAUAAAUCCAGCAAUGAUGGCAGCUGCCCAGGCAGCAUUGCAAAGCAGCUGGGGUAUGAUGGGUAUGCUCGCUAGUCAACAGAAUCAAUCUGGCCCCCAGGGAAGUAAUCAGGGUCAAGGAAAUCAACAAAGGGACCAGCCACAAAGUUUUGGUUCAAAUAAUUCUUAUGGUUCCAACUCUGGUGCAAUAGGUUGGGGGUCCCCUAAUGCUGGAUCUGGCAGUGGAUUUAAUGGCGGCUUUAGUUCAAGCAUGGAAUCAAAAUCUUCAGGAUGGGGAAUGUAGUCUUAUUAGAAGACACUGGGUUUCUGGUGGGUAAUUCAUAAUUUUUAUGGUAAGUAUAUUGCAGAAUGUUUCCAAAAGGUUUUUGAGUAUGUUCAGUAGUAAACUUAAGGGAACUGUUUUCUAAGUUUGUACUUCAGUUUAACAAUCUGGUCUCAAUACUACUUUCUGACUGAACAUGCAUGUUAUAGACCACUGGUUAACAACCUGUAGUAAUUCCAGCCUUUUUUCUUUGCCUCAGUCUGUAUAUUAAUGUAAAUGGAAUCAUGCAUUUUUGUUUAGGACAGUCUUCCUACCUUAAUUGUGUUCACUGCUUCAACUGAUCUCUGCUCCUUACCAUGCCUUUCUGGAACCUGCUACUGAAUGCAGUUGAUUCCCUGCCCUGGAGCACUUUUGCCUACAAGCUUUUUCCUAGCCUGAAGAUUCAUGCUGCGUGAUGAGUCUUAAGACGGUGGGUGAUCCAUUUUUAUCCAGUUUGUUUCAUGGAAUUCGUACCAGCAAUUUGAACGCACGGCUGUGAGGUGGAACCAGAAGGCUGUUUGAACUGUGGGAUUGGUGUUUCCAAAGAAUGAGAGUCUUUGGUAUGAGCGAGAACAAGAGCGUAUGCAGAGACCAGUGGUGCAUUAUGGAUUACUAAGUUGUCAGUGUCUCUCAAUCCAGUGGCAAUUAUGAGCGUGUGCAGAGAGCAGUGGGAGCAAGUAACGUACGAAUGUUUCCUGCAUUCGAAGGACUUUAGCUCAUUUGAAAGACUGGGGCUAAACCAAUUUGCCUGAAACAGUUUGUACAUUUUCACCCUACCCUUCUUAAAAUGUCUACUGCUGUGAAUGCUGUAUGAUGUGUGCAUUUUCUUUGUUAUUGAAAUGUGAGUCAAUGUGAUGAACUGCAUCUCUGUCAGAGUGGCUUGAAAUAUGCUUCUCAAGAGUGUAGGGGGGUGUCUUGGUCUGUAAGUAACAACAAGAAUGCUGUUUGCUGCAGUUGUGUUAUGUUUGGAUGCUUUUUACAAGACUUGUCAUUGUAGGUUAUUAAAUAAAACUUUAAAUAAGAAAUUUCCCUGG